AUGCCCCGACCUUUGAAGAACUACCCAAAACCAGGAGAUCCUGGUGGAAAGGAUGAUCCUCAUAGAGUGGGACAGAAACACAGUGAGGAGUGGUACCUGAGUGAAAAUUUAAAAACGCAGCGUGUUAACCCACUCUCUACCACGUCUCACAACGCCUCUCUCAUACAGCUGAGUGUGACGGCCGGUAGGCAGCGUGUUAACCCACUCUCUACCACGUCUCACAACGCCUCUCUCAUACAGCUGAGUGUGACGGCCGGUAGGCAGCGUGUUAACCCACUCUCUACCACGUCUCACAACGCCUCUCUCAUACAGCUGAGUGUGACGGCCGGUAGGCAGCGUGUUAACCCACUCUCUACCAUGUCUCACAACGCCUCUCUCAUACAGCUGAGUGUGACGGCCGGUAGGCAGCGUGUUAACCCACUCUCUACCACGUCUCACAACGCCUCUCUCAUACAGCUGAGUGUGACGGCCGGUAGGCAGCGUGUUAACCCACUCUCUACCACGUCUCACAACGCCCCUCUCAUACAGCUGAGUGUGACGGCCGGUAGGCAGCGUGUUAACCCACUCUCUACCACGUCUCACAACGCCUCUCUCAUACAGCUGAGUGUGACGGCCGGUAGGCAGCGUGUUAACCCACUCUCUACCACGUCUCACAACGCCUCUCUCAUACAGCUGAGUGUGACGGCCGGUAGGCAGCGUGUUAACCCACUCUCUACCACGUCUCACAACGCCUCUCUCAUACAGCUGAGUGUGACGGCCGGUAGGCAGCGUGUUAACCCACUCUCUACCACGUCUCACAACGCCUCUCUCAUACAGCUGAGUGUGACGGCCGGUAGGCAGCGUGUUAACCCACUCUCUACCACGUCUCACAACGCCCCUCAUACAGCUGAGUGUGACGGCCGGCAGCGUGUUAACCCACUCUCUACCACGUCUCACAACGCCUCUCUCAUACAGCUGAGUGUGACGGCCGGUAGGCAGCGUGUUAACCCACUCUCUACCACGUCUCACAACGCCUCUCUCAUACAGCUGAGUGUGACGGCCGGUAGGCAGCGUGUUAACCCACUCUCUACCACGUCUCACAACGCCUCUCUCAUACAGCUGAGUGUGACGGCCGGCAGCGUGUUAACCCACUCUCUACCACGUCUCACAACGCCCCUCAUACAGCUGAGUGUGACGGCCGGUAGGCAGCGUGUUAACCCACUCUCUACCACGUCUCACAACGCCUCUCUCAUACAGCUGAGUGUGACGGCCGGUAGGCAGCGUGUUAACCCACUCUCUACCACGUCUCACAACGCCUCUCUCAUACAGCUGAGUGUGACGGCCGGUAGGCAGCGUGUUAACCCACUCUCUACCACGUCUCACAACGCCUCUCUCAUACAGCUGAGUGUGACGGCCGGUAGGCAGCGUGUUAACCCACUCUACCACGUCUCACAACGCCCCUCAUACAGCUGA